AUGGCGCCUGCAACGAUUCGACGAGCUCCUUACAAGGACUUUUUGCAGCCCGCAUUGCAACGGCGCUUCUCUACAACGGCCAUAAUACUUGCUGUUAUCUCCUACAUCGAAGCUGUCUUCCUCGCCAACUGGGAUUCUUACUUCUGGUCCUGGUUCCCGGUCGGCCCAACUGGCCUGCGGGCCUUUUUUCUCUUCUUCUGCGGCCUUGCAAUCAUCAUUCUCCGAAUCGCCCAAUACCACGUUGGCCUCCGAACCUCCAAUUCGCCAUUCCAGACCUUCACACAAAACGCCUUGAAACCGCAAACAGCCGAGGCUAUAUUCUCCUAUGUUGUGUCAGGAUGGCUCUUCAGUCAGGUGUAUCUCUGGUCUGUGUCCAGCCAUGCAAACCUUGACUGGAUCACAUACUAUAGCGGGGAUCGCGCCCGCCUGAACGAGAAACCUCUGUUCCUGACGACACAUUUUGUUAUAUAUGGUGUACUUCGGGCCCUUCUGCACUUGUUCAGAGAUACCGAUCGUCUUGUUCUGGGCACUGUACGGCACCAGACCAGCACCUCGACGCACCAGACCAGCGGCUCGGCCAACCAGAUCCGCCGCUUUGCCGACAACAUGCCUGCUCUCAUCAUCAAUUCGAUCACGGAGUCGCUGGUUGCAACGCUGCUAAGUCUGGUUGUGUAUGCGUUGUUCGUGCGCCACACCGCCUGGCGCAUCGCGUUACUCGUUUUCCGUCCCUUCUACAAUCUGCCGAAGACGAACAUGGUCCCGCUCUCGAUGCCGUACAGUCUUUGGCUUAUUGUGCGAUGCAUUUUCGCGAGCAUUCUGAUUUCCUUCCUCUGGGUGGCUGGCAAUGCUGCGUUCUCACUAUUUCUUGUCAGCGAGCCGAUCAAGAACGGCAAGCCGCUCACAUCUGAAUCCAAAGAUGCGAACGGAAGCUUGCUCAAUGGCCUCAAGAGCAAGAAGAUGCCCAUCCGUACAUUUGCCAUGUGGGAACUGGCGUUCAUUGCUCGCGACUUUGAUUCCCGGCGCAAAGCCAUCUACGAGGACAUCGACCGUAAGGAUGGUCCGAUGUGGUCGCAAAUCUAUGGAAUAUGCCUGGAAACUGUCAAGAGCAUUGAGACUCGAAUCGACAACUAUGGAAAGCCGCCGGCGCCGACAGCUGCUCCGACCACAGCGGACCAGGCUGAGGGGCACAAACGCGUCUCUCAGCCUCUCAAGGAGGAUCCCAUCCUCAUCUCGACACCGCAAAGCAAAACACUUCGCAGUCAGAUGGAGAGGGCCGUGAGCCGGGCUGCCACAGACCCCAGCCAGUCGUCUCGGCUCAGCCCCGUUGCGAAAAAGGCCGUAGCAGAUGCACGCGGCAAACUAGCUGCGGUUCAGAAAGAAUUAAGCAGCCCUGAAAACAAUGGCAGCCCUCUACAGAUGGGAGUUCACAGACUCCUGCAAUCGCCUCUAGGCUGGCCCUUCCGCCAGGAGUUCAGGCAACGGUUUGCCGCUGCCGUGCUGGGGACCCCGCAAGGCGAGGCCGGGCUUUACGUCAAUGCCAUUUACGCGCUUAGCCAGUUGGCCGUGCACAGUCUGACUGAGGACAAAUUCGGAAAUGUGCAGCGCGAUGUCGCCAGCAUCAUACGCUCGCUUACAUCCGUGGCCAGGAAGCUCGAGGCGUUCAAGAGUGCGUUCUCGAUCCACUGGACAGAUUUGAGCCGGGAUAGGUCCUGCCCUGAGGUGGAUGCCAUAGUGGAAGCACUCCAGGCGGGACUCACGGACCUCAUCACGAACUUUGGGCCCUACAGCAGAGAUCUGAGGUUAAGCCAGACAGACAUGAGGCUGGCCAAAGAGGCCGCAGGGGCAGGGGCAGCAGGGAGGGAGGAGAAAGCCACGGAGAUGCAACAAAUUAGAUAG